AUGGUAUCCGUAGCUGAUAUUGUGGAUGUGUCCAGCACAGUUGUUGUGGUAUCUGUAGCUGAUAUUGUGGAUGUGUCAGGCACAGUUGUUGUGGUGACUGUAGCUGAUUUUGUGGAUAUAUCAGCCACAGUUGUUGUGGUGUCUGUAGCCAGUUUUGUGGAUGUAUCAGGCACAAUUGUUGUAGUUUGUAUAGUUGAUAUUGAGGAUGUGUCAGGCACAGUUUUUGUUGUAUUUGUAGCUGAUAUUGUUGAUGUGUCAGGCUCAGUUGUUGUCGUGUCUGUAGCUAGUUUUGAGGAUGUGUCAGGCACAGUUGUUGUGGUAUCUGUAGCUGAUUUUGUAGAUGUGUCAGGCACAGUUGUUGUGGAAUCUGUAGCCGAUGGUGUGGAUGUGUCAGGCACAGUUACUGUCGUGUCUGUAGCUGAUUUUGUGGAUGUGUCAGGCACAGUUGUUGUGGUAUCUGUAGGUGAUUUUGUAGAUGUGUUAGGCACAGUUGUUGUAGUAUCCGUAGCUAAUAUUGAGUAUGUGUCAGGCAAAGUUGUUGUGGUAUCUGUAGCUAUUUUUGUGGAUGUGUCAGGCACAGUUGUUGUGGUAUUUGUAGCUGGUAUUGUGGAUGUGUCAGCCACAGUUUUUGUGGUAUCUGUAGCUAUUUUUGUGGAUGUGUCAGGCACAGUUGUUGUGGUAUCUAUAGCUGAUACUGAGGAUGUUUCAGGCACAGUUGUUGUGGUAUGUGUAGCUGAUAUUGUGGAUGUGUCAGCUGUUAUUGUGGAUGUGUCAGGCACAGUUGUUGUGGUAUCUGUAGCUGAUUUUGUGAAUGUGUCAGCCACAGUUGAUGUGGUGUCUGUAGCUGAUUUUGUGGAUGUGUCAGGCACAGUUGUUGUUGUAUCUGUAGCUGAUAUUGUUGAUGUGUCAGGCACAGUUGUUGUCGUGUCUGUAGCUAGUUUUGAGGAUGUGUCAGGCACAGUUGUUGUGGUAUCUGUAGCUGAUUUUGUAGAUGUGUCAGGCACAGUUGUUGUGGAAUCUGUAGCCGAUGGUGUGGAUGUGUCAGGCACAGUUAUUGUCGUGUCUGUAGCUGAUUUUGUGGAUGUGUCAGGCAUAGCUGUUGUGGUAUCUGUGGCUGAUUUUUUGGAUGUGUCAGCUGAUAUUGAGGAUGUGUCAGGCACAGUUGUUGUGGUAUCUAUAGCUGAUUUUGUGGAUGUGUCAGCCACAGUUGUUGUGGUAUCCGUAGCUGAUAUUGAGGAUGUGUUAGGCAUAGUUGUUGUGGUAUGUGUAGCUGAUAUUGUAAAUGUUUUAGAGACAGUUGUUGUGGUACCUGUGGCCACUUUUGUUGAUGUGUCAGGCACAGUUGUUGUGGUAUCUGUAGGUGAUUUUGUGGAUGUUUCAGGCACAGUUGUUGUAGUAUCUGUAGCUGAUAAUGUGGAUGUGUCAGCCACAGUUGUUGAGGUACCUGUAGCUGAUGUUGUGGAUGUGUCAGGCACAGUUGUUGUGGUAUCUGUAGCUGAUAUUGUCGAUAAGUCAGUAAGAGUUGUUGUGGUAUCUGUAGCUGAUAUUGAGGAUGUGUCAGGCACAGUUGUUUUGGUAUGUGUAGCUGAUAUUGUGGAUGUUUUAGAGACAGUUUUUGUGGUACCUGUGGCCAGUUUGGUGGAUGUGUCAGGCACAGUUGUUGUGGUAUCCGUAGCUGAUAUUGAGGAUUUGUCAGGCACAGUUGUUGUUGUAUCUGUAGCUAUUUUUGUGGAUGUGUCAGGCACAGUUGUUGUGGUAACUGUAGCUGAUAUUAUGGAUGUGUCAGGCACAGUUGUUGUGGUAUCUGUAGCUGAUAUUGUGGAUGUUUCAGGCAAAGUUGUUGUGGUGACUGUAUUUAAUUUUGUGGAUAUAUCAGCCACACUUGUUGUGGUGUCUGUAGCCAGUUUUGUGGAUGUGUCAAGCACAGUUGUUGUGGUAUCUGUAGUUGAUAUUGUGGAUGUGUCAGGCACAGUUGUUGUGGUAUCUGUAGCUGAUUUUGUGGAUGUGUCAGCCACAGUUGAUGUUGUGUCAGCCACAGUUGAAGUGGUGUCUGUAGCUGAUUUUGUGGAUGAUUCGGGCACAUUUGUUGUGGUAUCUGUAGCUGAUAUUGUUGAUGUGUCAGGCACAGUUGUUGUCGUGUCUGUAGCUAGUUUUGAGGAUGUGUCAGACACAGUUGUUGUGGUGUCUGUAGAUGAUUUUCUAGAUGUGGUAGGCACAGUUGUUGUGGAAUCUGUAGCCGAUGGUGUGGAUGUGUCAGGCACAGUUAUUGUCGUGUCUGUAGCUGAUUUUGUGGAUGUGUCAGGCACAGCUGUUGUGGUAUCUGUGGCUGAUUUGUUGGAUGUGUCAGCCACACUUUUUGUUGUAUCUGUAGCUGAUUUGGUGGAUGUGUCAGGCUCAGUUGUUGUAGUAUCUGUAGCUGAUAAUGUGGAUGUUUUAGCCACAGUUUUUGAGGUACCUGUAGCUGAUUUUGUGGAUGUGUCAGGCACAGUUGUUGUGGUAUCUGUAGCUAUUUUUGUGGAUGUGUCGGGCACAGUAGUUGUUGUGUAUGUAGAAAGUUUUGUGGAUUUGUCAGGCACAGUUGUUGUGGUAUCCGUAGCUGAUAUUGAGGAUGUGUCAGCUGAUAUUGAGGAUGUGUCAGGCACAGUUGUUGUGGUAUCUGUAGCUGAUAUUGUGGAUGUUUUAGGCAAAGUUGUUGUGGUGACUGUAUUUAAUUUUGUGGAUAUAUCAGCCACACUUGUUGUGGUGUCUGUAGCCAGUUUUGUGGAUGUGUCAAGCACAGUUGUUGUGGUAUCUGUAGCUGAUAUUGUGGAUGUGUCAGGCACAGUUGUUGUGGUAUCUGUAGCUGAUUUUGUGGAUGUGUCAGCCACAGUUGAUGUGGUGUUAGCCACAGUUGAUGUGGUGUCUGUAGCUGAUUUUGUGGAUGAUUCGGGCACAGUUGUUGUGGUAUCUGUAGCUGAUAUUGUUGAUGUGUCAGGCACAGUUGUUGUCGUGUCUGUAGCUAGUUUUGAGGAUGUGUCAGGCACAGUUGUUGUGGUGUCUGUAGAUGAUUUUCUAGAUGUGGCAGGCACAGUUGUUGUGGAAUCUGUAGCCGAUGCUGUGGAUGUGUCAGGCACAGUUAUUGUCGUGUCUGUAGCUGAUUUUGUGGAUGUGUCAGGCACAGCUGUUGUGGUAUCUGUGGCUGAUUUGUUGGAUGUGUCAGCCACACUUUUUGUGGUAUCUGUAGCUGAUUUGGUGGAUGUGUCAGGCUCAGUUGUUGUAGUAUCUGUAGCUGAUAAUGUGGAUGUUUCAGCCACAGUUUUUGAGGUACCUGUAGCUGAUUUUGUGGAUGUGUCAGGCACAGUUGUUGUGGUAUCUGUAGCUAUUUUUGUGGAUGUGUCGGGCACAGUAGUUGUUGUGUCUGUAGAAAGUUUUGUGGAUUUGUCAGGCACAGUUGUUGUGGUAUCCGUAGCUGAUAUUGAGGAUGUGUCAGCUGAUAUUGAGGAUGUGUCAGGCACAGUUGUUGUGGUAUCUGUAGCUGAUAUUGUCGAUAAAUCAGUCAGAGUUGUUGUGGUAUCUGUAGCUAUUUUUGUGGAUGUGUCAGGCACAGCUGAUGUGGUGUCUGUAGCUGAUUUUGUGGAUGUGGCAGGCACAGUUGUUGUGGUAUCUGUAGGUGAUUUUGUAGAUGUGUCAGGCACAGUUGUUGUCGUGUCUGUAGCUAGUUUAGAGGAUGUGUCAGGCACAGUUGUUGUGGUAUCGGUAGCUGAUUUUGUAGAUGUGUCAGGCACAGUUGUUGUGGAAUCUGUAGCCGAUGGUGUGGAUGUGUCAGGCACAGUUAUUGUCGUGUCUGUAGCUAAUUUUGUGGAUGUAUCAGGCACAGCUGUUGUGGUAUCUGUGGCUGAUUUGGUGGAUGUGUCAGGCACACUUGUUGUGGUAUCUGUAGCUGAUUUGGUGGAUGUGUCAGGCUCAGUUGUUGUAGUAUCUGUAGCCGAUGGUGUGGAUGUGUCAGGCACAGUUGUUGAGGUACCUCUAGCUGAUUUUGUGGAUGUGUCAGGGACAGUUGUUGUGGUAUCUGUAUCUGAUUUUGUCGAUAAUUCAGUCACAGUUGUUGUGGAUUUCGUAAUAACAGAUUAG